AAACACUGGAUUUUUGUUAGAAAUUCUGCAAGAGUGAUACCAUCAGUAAAGAUGUCAUACUUAAAGAAAGGACUUAAAUGUUGCAGUCCUGUGAGUCAGAUGAACAAAGUAAUACGAACUCUGUUUAAAGCACACAUAUUAAAGAACGUAUUUGGCAUCAAUGAACAAUCAUUCGGAAAUUCACGUGCAUCAUCUCAACUUAGUUCUGAAAAGGCAAACUCUUACAAUUAUGUCAUUGUUGGAGCUGGAUCAGCAGGGUGUGUAUUAGCCAACAGAUUGACUGAAGACCCUCUCAGUACUGUACUACUUUUGGAAGCAGGCCCUAAAGAUACCCUUCUAGGUAGUAAAAGACUGAUGUGGAAGAUUCAUAUGCCUGCUGCAUUAACAUACAACCUCUGUGAUGAGAAGUAUAACUGGUAUUACCACACAACAUCACAAAAGCAUAUGGAUAACCGAAUUAUGUACUGGCCCCGAGGAAGAGUGUGGGGUGGCUCCUCGUCGCUCAAUGCUAUGGUAUACAUCCGUGGGCAUGCAGAAGAUUAUAACCGAUGGAGCAGGGAAGGGGCGAUAGGAUGGGACUAUGAACAUUGCUUGCCCUAUUUUAAGAAGGCACAGACACAUGAACUGGGUCCAGAUCAGUACAGAGGUGGAAAUGGACCCCUGUAUGUGUCACGAGGGAAAACAAACCAUCCCCUUCAUCAUGCAUUCCUGGAGGCAACCCAGCAAGCUGGGUAUCCCUUCACAGAUGAUAUGAAUGGCUAUGAGCAAGAAGGAUUUGGCUGGAUGGACAUGACUGUACACCAAGGUCAGAGAUGGAGCACAGCUAGUGCUUACCUUCGCCCAGCCAUAUCACGCCCAAAUUUGACAGUUGCAGAAAAGACACUUGUAACAAAAAUCUUGUUUCAAGGAACGAAAUCCAUUGGUGUUGAGUAUGUGAAAUAUGGCCAAAGGAAAAAGGCUUUUGCCAGUAAAGAAGUUAUUUUAAGUGGAGGUGCCAUAAAUUCUCCACAGCUGCUUAUGUUAUCUGGAAUUGGCAAUGCAGAUGAUCUAAAAAAACUGGGGAUCCCUGUUGUUUGCCAUCUUCCUGGAGUAGGCCAGAACCUUCAAGAUCAUUUAGAAGUGUACGUCCAACAAAAGUGCACCAAACCUAUUACUCUAUAUAACGCACAAAAGCCAGUUAACAUGGUGAGGAUUGGUCUAGAAUGGCUUUGGAGGUUUACAGGUGAGGGAGCCACUGCCCACUUAGAAUCUGGUGGGUUUAUCCGAAGUGAACCAGGGGUUCCUCACCCCGACAUUCAGUUCCACUUUCUCCCUUCUCAGGUGAUUGAUCAUGGUCGGGUUGGUUCCACAAUGGAAGCUUACCAGGUCCAUGUGGGGCCCUUGAGGAGCACGAGUGUGGGCUGGCUAAAGCUGAAGAGCACAGAUCCAAAUGACCAUCCUAUCAUUGAGCCUAACUACAUGUCAGCAGAAAGAGAUAUUUGGGAAUUCCGCCAGUGUGUCAAGUUGACCAGAGAGAUCUUCGCUCAGAAAGCUUUUGAAAAAUUUCGUGGGCCUGAAAUUCAACCAGGAAACCAUGUUCAGUCUGACAAAGAAAUAGAUACUUUCGUAAGGCAGAAGGCUGAUAGUGCUUAUCAUCCUUCCUGCACCUGUAAAAUGGGUCAGCCUUCAGAUAGCACUGCUGUAGUUGAUCCCCAAACAAAAGUAAUUGGCAUUGAAAACUUGAGAGUAGUAGAUGCUUCAAUAAUGCCCAGUGUUGUCAGUGGAAAUUUGAAUGCCCCAACUAUUAUGAUAGCAGAGAAAGCUGCAGAUAUAAUUAAGGGCCUCCCGUCGCUUCAGGAGAAAAAUGUUCCUGUAUAUAAGCCCAAGACGUUGGAAACGCAGAGAUAAACAUUUUUAUCCUUUCACAUCGUUUGCUACUUAGGCUUUCAUCAUUAUAUUGGUAUCUCAUACUGAACAUGCCAACAAAAUAAA